AUGGUAUCCAUGGUGGAGAAGUACUCCUUCCCUGUUGGUGGAGGCAUACUACACCGUAUUGGCACACAAGAGAUUUUAGAAGAACCACAUGGUAUCCAUGGUGGAGAAGUACUCCUUCCCGUUGGUGGAGGCAUACUACACCGUAUUGGCACACAAGAGAUUUUAGAAGAACCACAUGGUAUCCAUGGUGGAGAAGUACUCCUUCCCGUUGGUGGAGGCAUACUACACCGUAUUGGCACACAAGAGAUUUUAGAAGAACCACAUGGUAUCCAUGGUGGAGAAGUACUCCUUCCCGUUGGUGGAGGCAUACUACACCGUAUUGGCACACAAGAGAUUUUAGAAGAACCACAUGGUAUCCAUGGCGGAGAAGUACUCCUUCCCGUUGGUGGAGGCAUACUACACCGUAUUGGCACACAAGAGAUUUUAGAAGAACCACAUGGUAUCCAUGGCGAAAAACAACACGUUCAAGUAUAA